GAGGCGGCAAGCUGGGUUGCUUCAGAGAAACCGAGAGAGGGAUGGCGGUGGAGGAGAAGCCGGGGGGCGUGAAGAGCAGCAGCUCCAUCGUGCCCUGCUUCCUGUUUGUGGAGCUGGUGAUCAUGGCCGGGACGGUGCUGCUGGCGUACUACUUUGAGUACACGGACACCUUCCCCGUGCACGUCCAGGGCUUCUUCUGCUACGACAAGACCUUCUCCAAGCCCUACCCGGGUCCGGACGGAGGCAGCAAGAUCCCACCGGUGCUCAUCUACUCGCUCGUCGCAGCCAUCCCCACCCUCACUAUUCUUGUUGGAGAGCUAUGUGCUUUCUUCACCAAGGCAGAAGGAACCCAGGAGAAGACCAUCGUCACCGCAGACUGCUGCUACUUCAACCCCCUCCUCAGGCGCAUCGUACGCUUCCUAGGUGUCUACGCCUUUGGCUUAUUCACUACCACCAUUUUCGCCAAUGCCAGCCAGGUGGUGACAGGAAACCAGACGCCGCACUUCCUGUCUGCCUGCCGACCCAACUACACAGCAUUAGGCUGCCAGUCAACCAUGCAGUACAUCACGGAGCGCCGCGCCUGCACAGGCAACCCGCUGGUCGUCAUGUCUGCACGUAAAUCCUUCCCGUGUAAGGAUGCAGCGCUCAGCGUGUAUUCUGCACUCUACACAGUGAUGUACGUGACGCUAGUGUUUAAGACCAAAGGCACACGGCUCACCAAGCCUACCAUCAGCCUCACCCUGCUGUGCCUGGCCAUGCUGGUGGGCGUUGUGAGGGUAGCCGAGUACCGCAACCACUGGGCUGAUGUGCUGGCGGGGUUCUUCACCGGGGGCUCCAUCGCUGUGUUCUUGGUGACUUGCGUGAUCAACAACUUCCAGCAGUUACUACCCAGCCCGAGUCCGCCGCGGCCGCAGCGCCCGGAGUCGGUCCUGGGCAUGCCCAUGGUGACGCUGCCCUGCGUGGAGAGUCCACUCGAAAAGUUAAGUGGUCCUCAGCAUCCUGCACUCUCCUCCUCCUCCUCCCCACCCUACAAUGCCUACGUGCAGCCAUUCUAGCCAACUCUGAAUCUUUUCGUUACAGUCACUCCUCGCUCCCCUCUGUCAUCCCGUUGCCUUAUUUCUGUUUUUUAGUCCACGGUACAUCUGCUCUCUCCUCCCUCUCUCCCGCCACUCUCUCUCUCAUUCCGCGCAUCUCUCUUGAUUCUUCUCUUCUUCACUCCCCCUCUCUGCCCCGUCUGCUCUCUCUUUCUCACCCCUCUCUUUCCCCUGCAGAAUCCACGGGCGUCUCCGUUCACCGAGAUCACAUGACCAUCAGCCCUAUCGGUUCCCCGUCACCCCCGAUGUCCUCAUUCUGUCUCGCUCCAUUUCCAGCGAAGUCUAGACCAGCCGGAGCAGCACUCGCCUCACUGCGCGGCCCAUCUGGCGGGGCGCUACAAAACGCUGCACCGCUCCUACUCCACGCAGGUCUAGACCUCCGCUAAGACAUGCACGAUACAGCACACACAUUACCCUGUUGCCCUCUCAGCCCGCUUGGGGAACCGAUAGGCAAAGCACUUCAAGACUUUUCUCUUUGCUGGACCGCCCAGUAAAGUACUGUGAAAACUUUUUUUCUAUGAACUCAGUGUCAUCGAGCUUACGAUUUCCAUCUCCCGCGAUGACCUCUCUAAAGAGAAAAACAUCAGAACUGUCACUUCUGAGAAUGUCCUGUUCUUAUCGUUAUGGUUUGUUUUUUAUUUUCUCCAAUGAAUGAGUUUGCACCCGUUUGAAGGAAGCAGGCGCUGAUAGCUGAGAGUGACAGUGAACUCCCGCGACGACGCAGCCGCCAGGUGUGCUGCUGCUGCCGGGAUGUUGCCAUGUUGGACCAAAGAAAUCCCUUGCGAGUAAUGUGUUUUUCUGAGAUUAACCUGGAAAAUCUCUCUACGAGAAAGCCAUGCGCGCGUGCAUGCGUGCACACACACACAUUCACACACAUGCACAAACCCUAUUUCUCCCAUCUUCAUCUGCUCUACGUGACUUUCACCCAGAUCACAAAACCCAUUUCACAUUUCUCAGGAAAGGCUUUUGACGAAAGCAAAACAGGAUGAAAGUGCGUGUGUCACCCGGCUGUCUCCUUCGUGGUUUCCCUUUCCUCUCCGAUGGUCGCAAGUUUAUCAAACUGUAAUGUGAAAUGAAACGACGCCUCUGGACUGCAGAUGCAACCGUGAGCCAUUUAGGGGCUAAGUGUUUUAGCUCGUUUUACAACAUAUCAAAUACCGAAAGUAAGGCAUUUUACCAUAGCAUUCAAAAUGUAAGCUCAGUUUGAAUUUGAUGUCAGGAACUCUGAAAAGUUGGGAAACGGAUAAACAAAAGCCUGGAAAAGUAGGCGGUACUAAAGAGUGACAUCUGGAGCAACAUCUUGUAACUAAUGAGGAGAACCAGCGGGAGGUCAGUGACGUGUGUAAACUAAGCAUUGUAAAGACUGGCAGGAGUUCACCCAUCUGUUAAAGAAAAAACACGUUUGCAAAUGAUUUAACAAUUUUAAAAGCGUGAAAUCAUUAAUAUAUUCAGCAUCUCAUCCUUUGCGGUUCAUAAUAACGUCAAGAAAUUCAGAGAAUUUGAAUAAAUCUGCGUCCCUGGGACAAGGCCAGAUAAUCUGCGUUCUCGUGAGGUCUCCACCUCGUCAAAUUCUGAGGUGGAGACCUUCUUAAACCUGAGGAAAAUAACCAGAGAGAGCUAGAUGGGGCCACGAGGAAUGAAAAAAUAUAUCAGGAGCUUUCUCAGUCCAUGUCUGCUCAAGGCUAGUGUAAAAGUGCCAUUGUGUCCAUGCUGAGGACCAUGCAGUGGUAAACAUCAUCCUUUCCCAACUUUACUGAGAUGUGUGGCUGCAAUCAAAUUCAAUAUUACCUUAUUUUAUUCUUAUCAUGAUGACAGAUUUAGUCAAAUUAAACAUUUAAUAUUUUUCAAAUGAAACAUCUUUAUAUACAUUUUUUUUAAUAUGGGUUUGAGUUUGUGAGCACGGAAGAGUAUC